AUGCCGAGUGAUAAAGCAAAAGCUCCAAAGAAGGGUGGAGAGGAUCCUGGAAUCCCGCCAGCUCCUUGUGAAGGGGUAAUUAGCCAUGAGCCACAGAGACAACGGUCACUCAACGGGAGGACCACUGGUCCGACCCGGCGUUCGACCAAAGGAAAUUGGACACCCGAAGAGGAUGCUAUAUUGUCCCGCGCCGUUCAGACAUACCAAGGGAAAAACUGGAAAAAGAUAGCGGAAUGUUUUCCAGAGAGAACCGAUGUACAAUGUUUGCACAGGUGGCAAAAGGUUCUAAAUCCUGAAUUGGUUAAAGGGCCAUGGUCCAAAGAAGAAGACGAAAUCAUAGUUCAGAUGGUAAACAAAUAUGGGCCAAAGAAAUGGUCGGCCAUUGCUCAAGCUUUGCCUGGACGCAUAGGAAAACAAUGCCGGGAACGGUGGCACAAUCAUCUUAACCCAGCCAUAAACAAGGAGGCAUGGACACAAGAAGAGGAGAUUACUCUUAUUCAUGCUCAUCGGAUGUAUGGAAAUAAAUGGGCUGAACUGACGAAAUUUUUACCUGGAAGGACGGAUAAUGCAAUUAAAAAUCACUGGAACAGUUCAGUAAAGAAAAAGGUUGAUUCGUACAUAUCUUCUGGCUUACUUUCACAAGUCCCAUGCCCUCUGAUUGAAUAUCCUGCACAAUGCGACUCUUCAUCGGCUAUGGACCAACAAAACAACGGAGAUAGUGGUUGCAAUGCUCAGAACACUAGCAUGGCCUUGAGCUCUGAUUUACAAGUAAAUGUGGAUGCCAACAAGAGAGAAGCACAAGACUCUCACUCGUCCUUGUGUCAAGGGGCAUGCUACCCUUCCACAGAGGCUGUAGGAUCUGUUUUGCCUGAUGAGAACCACCAUAUUCCUUCAUCUUUUUCUCAAAGAAUGGACCUGCAAAUGGAUAUGGAUGAAGGAUCAGGAAAUUCUAUGUUUGCAGACGAUCAAACUCUUUGUAGCACAUCAAAUCAAGAAAAGUCUAUGGUGCCAUUUGUUGUUGCACAGGAAAUGCCUGUCUCUGUGCUAUCAAGUGUUUCUAGCGCUGAGCAGAAACUGCACUUAAUCUCUGAUGCUGAAAGUUUGAAAUCCGAACUUUGGAAAGAUGUUUCUUUGCAAACUCUUAUUUCAGGAUAUACAGUUGAUCCUGAUGCUUCUUCAAGAUUAAAUCACCCAGAUUCUUCUAAAAUGGACACCAAUUUUUUGACACAGGCCUACCCAUUACACACAUCAAUUCCGUCCAGUGUGAUGGAAACUGUGUAUGAACCGAUGCCGUUGGAGACAAUCUCUCCCUCUUUUAUAUGUUCAGAUGGUUUGUCUGUCGCACCCGAAAAUAGAUCUGAGCCAAGAGAAAUGCCAGACUGUGAAGCAGAGAUGGUCACAUGCUCGAACAAUUCUUUUGGUGAUGCCGAUCAAUCUGCUAAACCUGGCAGCAGUGAUGACAGGCCAGAGGCUUUCACAAUGACUGAGAGCAUUACAAACUGCGGGGGUCAACAGUCGACAGAUGCCGAAGAACCUGUGGCCACUACAGCAAAAGAACAGUUAUCGAAAGACAUUGAGACUGUUCCAGAUGAAAAGAAGGGUGAGGGAGCUCUAUUCUAUGAACCUCCUCGAUUCCCUGGUUUGGAUGUCCCAUUUAUCAGUUGUGAUCUUGUAACUUCUGCUGAUCUGCAAGAAUUUAGUCCCCUUGGGAUUAGGCAGUGGAUGCGGUCGACCAUGAAUGUCCCCACUCCUUUAAGAUUAUGGGGCUCUCCAACACAUGAUGAAAGCCCAGAUUUGCUAAAGAGUGCUGCUGAAAGCUUCCCAUGCACACCAUCAAUAAUGAAGAAAAGACUGAGAGGUCUAUUGUCCCCUACUCCAGAUAAAAGAAUUGAGAAGAAAUCUGGGAUUGCAAAGGGGGUGACAGAUAUCUCCUAUAUGAUCACGGCCACAUGUUCCAUGAAUGCAACCAAUGAUGGAGACAUUGUUACUGAAUCAGUUGUGUGUGCUGAGCAACCUUCUUUUAAACAUCUAGACAAGAAACUUGAGUUCUCUAAUAUUUACAAGGAAAACUCUGAUGGAGCAUCUGAACAGGACAAAGAUCCACAAAAUGCAGGGAACAAACGACUCGUGGAGGAGCAACGUUCCUCACCAAAUGUUGCAAAUCCUAACACAGUGCAAGACAAUAUACAACCUGUACGGAUUCUUGUUGAGCACAGCAGCAAUAACCUUAUUGCCGCUGAUCAUGGUGAAAGCCAUCUUUUAAUCAGUUCAGGCUUCAGUGUAUAUGAAACUAAGCUGUGGCAGGUUCUUUUUGUCAAUAUUUCUUCUGAAUUGCUGCUUUUGCUAGAUUGGCUGAUACCCCAGGUGGUGUCAAAAGAGGACUCGAAUCCCCAUCUGCAUGGAAGUCUCCUUGGUAUAUCGAUAUGCACAUGCACUUUCAGCCAUUGUCUCAUAAAUAGAUAA